AUGCUUAUUCCCGCAGGACUCUACUACGUUCAUCCCUCGUACCAGCGCCGGACGGCGCUGCCUCUCUCCGCAGCCUCGGUGGCAGCGACCAUCGCCGACGGCUGUGCCCGCGUCGCCCUCACGCAAACCUUCUCCAACGUGACGACGGCUUCGCUUGAAGCGACAUACCUGCUCCCCAUGGACGAGGGCGCGGCAGUGGUCAGCUUUGAGGCCAAUUGCAACGGCCGCAUCGUCACUGCCCGCGUCGAAGAGUCUGGCGCUGCCAAGGCUGAGUACGACGCCGCACUCGCUCGCGGCGAUGGCGCGUACCUUCUCGACUCGGUUUCGUCAGAGCACUUCACCAUCGCCGUCGGCAACAUCCCGUCGGGCGCCGAGGUCACCAUCACCACCACGUACGUGGCCAAUCUGCGGACUCGCGGCGAUGUGUACUCAUUUGUUGUUCCCAACCGACUUGCGCCCAAGUACGGCGCCUCGCUCGCGCCCGAGGCUAAGCACCUCGACGCCACCGUCCCGCUCGAUCUCGUCGUCCAGUGGACGAUGAGCCCCGGGCUCGCCGAGAUGGACUCUCCCUCGCACCCGGACGUUGUUGACUCGGUCGUCGUCUCGGACGACGGAGCCGGGGCAUCGAUAUCCGUCUCCCUCGCUUCGCUCGAGACAGACUUUGUCCUCAACGCCGUCGCCGUCACCCCACCCGGCCCGAUCCUCCUUGUCGAGAACCGGAGCCUGCCGUCGGGCGUGACGACUCAGGCCGCUAUGGUCUCGUUCACGCCUCAGCUCGAGGUGCCUGACCAGCGCACCGAGCUUGUCUUUGUCAUCGACCGCUCAGGCUCGAUGGGCGGCUCCAAGAUCGAGCACGCCCGCAAGGCCCUGCAGCUCUUCCUCCGUUCACUCCCGGAGGACUGCUACUUCAACAUUAUCGGAUUUGGCUCACGGACCGACUUUUGCUUUGAUCUCGGCGCCGCCGUGCCAUACAACGACCAGACGCUCGCCCGGGCAACCGCCCACAUCGCGGGCAUGGGCGCAAACCUCGGCGGGACCGAGCUCCUCGCUCCGCUCAAGGCCGUCUUUGCUUCACCCACUCGCCCGGGUUUCAGCCGCCAGGUCUUUGUCCUCACCGAUGGCCAAGUCUCCAACACCAACACAGUGAUCCAGGCGGUGGCCUCGGCCCUCAAGGCGGCGACAUCACCGACCCGCGUCUUUACCCUUGGCCUCGGCAACGGCGCCUCGCGCGCGCUGGUCAACGGCAUGGCCCGCGCCGGCAACGGCACCGCGUUCUUCAUUGACGAUGACGCCGCUGCCGUCCUCACCGCCACUGUCGUCCGUCAGCUCAAGCAAGCGCUCCAGCCGCAGAUCACGGGCCUUACGCUCGAGUGGACGUCGACCGACGGCUCGGUUGCCCGGACCAACGUUGCGCGCCCUCCUCAUCUCACCGCAUCCAAGGCCGCGCCGCCGGCCACCACCCGCAAGGUCUUGCGCAUCGCGCCCAAGGCCAACGCAGCCGACAGCGCUGGCGCGGCUUCAUCCGUGUCGGCGCCUUCGACUUCCGCUCCAGCCUCUGCUGUUGUCCAGGCCCCGUACUCAGCCCCGGCGCUGUUCAACGGCGAGCGCUUUGUCGCCUUUGCCUUUUUCAAGCCCUCGUUCGGUACGCCUGCCAGACUCCGGCUCUACGACGCAUCGGGCGAGAUUGACUUUGCUGUCUCUCUCGAGACGCUGCAGGCUGUCGAGGGCGAGACCGUUCACGCGCUUGCCGCGCGCGCGCUCAUCCGCGAUCUCGAGGAGGGCUCGUCGUACAUGCACGCCACAGCAGCCGGCUCGGCCGCCAUCAGCGCCGAAAUCGUCCGCCUCGGCACCGCCUUUGGCCUCGCCUCGACUAAGACCUCGUUUGUGGCUGUCGAGCAUCGAUCGGACGCCGAGCGCAUGCAGAUCGUCGGCCAUGCUGGCGCCCGUGCCGUGCUUAUCGCACCGCGGGCUCCGCCGGCGAUGCGCCUGCAGGGACGUAACCGGGGCCGUGGCGGUGCACGCAAGAAGAUGAGCCGGGCCCGCCGCAGCGGCGGCGGGGGCAUGACUGGCGGCUUUGGCGGCAUGCCCUCAACCGCCCCGCGAAUGUUUGCCGCAUGCGCGUCGGCCCCGCCUAUGCCGGUGUUUGCGAUGAGCUGCUCGGCUGCGCCCGCACCGAUGGCGAUGUGCAACAGCCUCUCGUUUGAUGUUGAUGACGACUGCGACGCGAUGCCGAUGGAGCUUGCGAUGGAGAACUGUCUCGCUGCACCUGCUGCCAGCGCGCCUGCCGUCGACUACCAGUCCAUCGCUGUCGAACUCGCCAUGCUCCAGUCGACCAAGGGCAUGUUUGGGGCGUCGGCACUCGCGCAUCUUCCCUCGGGCAAGACGACCAAGCCGAGCACCGCUGGUGCGGCCUCGGAGAGCGCCUGGGUCACCGCCCUCGUCCUUGCCUACUUUGCCAGCCCGCACUUCCGCGCGUACUACGAUGAGAUCGAGCUCGUCAUCUCCAAGGCUCGCAAGUGGCUCGCGUCCACCCUCGGCGACACCUCCUCCGCCAACGCGCUCAUUGCCACAGCAAAGUCAGGCCAUGGCCCCACACCUACGCCCGGAACCGGAGGUCGUGCGCCAUGCGAGGCUGCCCUGCCGGCGCCUCCGUCGCGGGCGCUGCCACCGGGUGCUGCGCCACACGCACGGCUGCUGGCCGCAGUCGACGCCGGUGACACACGCGCAGCAUUGGCACUGACCAGAGCUCACCCGGACAUGGACAUCAAUGCCAUGGCAGAACUCGGAUGGCUGGCGGCGCCGCGCGGGAAGACCACCGCCCUGCUGCUUGCUGCCCGGGCCGGUGACGUUGGCAUGAUGGCCGCGCUGGCCACCGUCCGCGGCCUGCGACUCGAUCUGGCCGACGACAUCUCCGGAACGGUGCUCCACGCCGCCGUUGCCUCGGGUUCGCUCGAUGCCCUCCGCUUUGUCCUCGACACCCUGGCUUGCAUAUGCAACCGUGAAGGGAAGCUCGCUGGCCUCCGCGGCGAGGUGGCGCUCAAUCCGAUCGGCCCGGCGGAGAGCGAUGGCCUCACACCGCUGCUGCUUGCGGUCCGCGCAGGCUCCACGGCCAUGGUUUCCGCCCUUCUCGCCACCCGCGGCGUUGACUCUUCCGCUUGCUCGGCGUCGGGCCAGUCGGCGGCAUACCUCGCUGCCAAGCACGGCCACCUCGACGUCCUCCGGUUGCUUGUCGACGAUGGCCGGACAUGCAUUGACACGCCCGACGACUACGGCUACACUGCGCUCCAUGUGGCGACCCAGCACAAGCGUCUCGACUUUGUCACCUAUCUCAUCGAAGACGUCGGGUGCUCGCCCGAGGCGACAACCGCGUCGGGCGCCAUUACUCCGCUCUAUCUCGCAGCGCUGGUCGGCUCGCUCGACUUGGUCAAGUACCUGCUCGAGCGGCACAACGUCGACCCGAACGUGCCAUCGGAUAAGGGUUGGUAUCCGCUCCACGCCGCGGCGCAAGGCGGGCACGUCGCCGUCCUCCGUCACUUCCUUGAAGACGGCGGCGCCAAGGGUGACGUCGUCACCUCGCGUGGCUCGACGCCCAUCUACGUCGCAGCCAACUUUGGCCACGCACCUGCCGUCCAGCUCCUUGCCGAGUACGGAGUCGACCCGGAGCGCAAGCAGCACUCGGGCUGGUGCCCGCUCCACAUUGCAGCUCACGUGGGCGCCCUCGACGUAGUUCGCUACCUUGUGCUAGAGGCCGGCGUCAACGCCCGCACCCGCACCGCCAAGGGGGACUCGGUCAUCUUUAUCGCCGCAGGCCGCGGCUUUCUCGACCUCACCCGCUUCCUCAUCCACGACGUCGGCCUCGAUCCGACCGAGCCGGCCAACGAUGGCUUUACGCCGAUGCUCUUUGCCAUCGAAAACGGAAACCUCAACGUGGUCCGCUACCUCUUUGAGGAAGAGGGCGUCGACAUCACCGUCCGUGGACAUGCCCACCAGUCGGCCGUCUACCUUGCGGCCUACUACGGUCACAUGGAGACGGCUCGGUAUCUCAUCGACGUCGUCCGCGACACCCGUGGCGCGAGCAUCGACGUAGAAGCGCCCGAAAAGUCCGGCUACACACCGGUCCAUGUCGCCGCUCUCCGCGGCCACUACGACAUCCUCGAGUACCUGCUUUCAGUCGGCGGCGCAUCGCCGCACGUCCUCACCGACAAUGGCCAGUCGCUCCUCUACGUGGCGGCCAAACGGAACGAGACCGCCAUCCUACGCUUCCUCUUGGAGAACUAUCCCGAGCUUGACAAGGAGGCGGCCCAACUGCAGGGCUUUAACCCGCUUCUUAUCUCAGCGCAAGAAGGCAAUCUCGAGUCGGUCAAGCUCCUCAUCGACCACGGCGCCCGUUGCGACGCCCGCACCCGCAACAACCGCUCAGUUCUCUUCAUUGCUGCCAAGAACGGCCACGUCGACCUCGCUCGCUACCUCCUCGCCUACCACCGCGACCCGGGCGCCUUUGAUGUUGCCGCCUGCCUCGCUGGUUCCGACUCACCGGCUGUCCGCCAUCUGCUCCGCUGGUUCCUCGACAUCCAGGACCUGGCUGUUGCCUGGAAGCCGACCAACCAUGUUUUCUUCCCACGUCACGUCCGCGAUGCCAUCUGGACCACACUCCUCAUCGCCCGAAGCGUCGACCCCGAGUCGCGGACCUAUCGGUACGGCGACUCACUCGUCUCACAGCUACCAAACGAGCUGCUGCUACAAGUCUUUGCUUGGGUGGCCACGCCGCCGUGGGAUGGUCCUGUUGCAGCCGCCUCUACGCUGUAA